CCGGGUCUCUAUGGUACUGACUUCCGCCGCGAGCCACACCUCGCGAGACUUCGGCGGCGCAGCAAUGGCGAGACCAUGCCGCGUCACUGCUCCGCCGCUGGCUGCUGCACACGGGACACGCGAGAGACGCGCAACCGCGGCAUCUCCUUCCACAGGCUUCCCAAGAAGGACAACCCAAGGCGAGGCUUGUGGCUGGCCAACUGCCAGCGGCUGGACCCCAGCGGCCAGGGCUUGUGGGACCCAGCAUCCGAGUACAUCUACUUCUGCUCCAAGCACUUCGAGGAGAACUGCUUUGAACUGGUGGGAAUCAGUGGGUACCACAGGCUGAAGGAGGGAGCAGUCCCUACAAUAUUUGAGUCUUUCUCCAAGUUGCGCCGAACAGCCAAGACCAAGGGGCACAGUUACCCACCCGGCCCCCCUGACGUCAGCCGGCUUCGGCGAUACAGGAAGCGCUGCUCUGAGGGCCGAGGGCCCACGACUCCGUUUUCUCCACCUCCACCUGCUGAUGUCACCUGCUUUCCUGUGGAAGAGGCCUCAGCACCUGCUGCUCUGUCUGCUUCCCCUACUGGGAGGCUGGAGCCUGGCCUCAGCAGCCCAUUCUCAGACCUCCUGGGGCCCCUGGGUGCCCAGGCUGAUGAAGCAGGCUGCAGCACCCAGCCCUCCCCCGAGCGGGAGCCCGAGCGGCAGCCGUCCCCUCUGGAGCCUCGGCCUGUGUCACCCUCAGCAUACAUGUUGCGCCUCCCUCCUCCUGCUGGAGCCUACAUCCAGAAUGAGCACAGCUACCAGGUGGGCAGUGCCCUGCUCUGGAAGCGGCGGGCUGAGGCUGCCCUUGAUGCCCUGGACAAGGCCCAGCGCCAACUGCAGGCCUGCAAGCGGCGGGAGCAACGGCUGAGGCUACGGCUGACCAAGCUGCAGCAGGAGCGGGCACGGGAGAAGCGGGCACAGGCAGAUGCCCGCCAGACUCUGAAGGAGCAUGUGCACGACUUUGCCAUGCAGCUAAGCAGCAGCAUGGCCUGAGUGAGGAGCUGCCCAUCAGGGUUCCUGCCUCUUCCUCCUUCAGGAUCUGCCUAGAGAGGGACCUGACUUGAGCUGUGUCUGACCUGCCAGAUGCCAUAAUAAAGCGGUUUCUAGGA